AUGCUGGCGAACCCCGGUCCAUCUACCCCGCGUCCGAAACCACCUGCGAAGGCACGCAGGUCCUUGAUCCGCCAGAAAUCAUCCCCACCACCACCAUAUGUCCUUACACCUGAAUGCGAGCAGCGAUCCAAGUCGGACACCGUACCUGGCUCACCCGCAGUGGUGACCACGCAGAUCCUUGAUUACUUCGGAGGCGACGGCGCGGAACGAAUAACUGCAGAUUGUCUAAACGAGAGAUCCCGCGAUGAACUACACCGGUUGCUUGCUCGCGCGGAGCAAACGAUUAAGGAGCGAGGGGAUGAGUUAGGUCUUACCUCCGAAGUAUGCAGAAAUCUGUACCAGGACAACGUGACGCUCAAGAGCGAACACGACGCUCUGUUCUCUCGCCUACCGUUGUCUCGAUCUCAGUCUCCGGACGCCUCCUUCUCACCUCCCGCCUCACCCGCGUACCACACCCAAUCACUCUCUCCCUACUCCAGUUCAUUUUCCGACAUUGGAUCGCCCAUAUCUGCUCGUCUCUCCUUCCAAUCACCGCGGAGGAUCACCAUCUCUGCUGAUGAUAUCGCGUUCCUUACGGAGCAAAACCAGGAGCUGCUCGCAAAACUUGAAAAACUCGAGGAGGAGUCAGCGCAAGCGGACCUCGCCGGGAAACGCAAGCUACGGAAGCUUGAAAAAGAAAUUCAGGGCAUGCGUGACGAGCUUGAGCGCACGCAGUCUCGCAGUGCCGAGCUCGAGGAGAGGACCAGGAAGCUCCUUGAUCGGGAAGUUGACAUUCGCAAGCAAGAAAGAAUAGACCGCUACCACGAACUAAGAGCCAUGACAGAACCUCAUCCCCGUGCAACGGCUGAUUUCCGGGACUUCUCUCCUGGCGGAGCAAUGUCUGGUCCGGUUGUUCCGCGACAUGCAGAACGUCUCCCAUCCUGGCCACUCAACGUCGACAUUACUAGGACGGAGCCAUUGAUCGCAGAGAAUUAUCCUAUUCCACAGAGUACGACGCCUCGCGGUGAAAGACAAUCGGAAGACGAGCGAAACAUGAUUGCGCAGCUGUUAGAGAAAAUUCGGGAGCUCGAGGAUGUCAACGCGCAGAUGACCCAUCAACAGGCGGACACAUCGGUGCGACUGCUCGCUGCUCAACGCGACUCCGACAAUAUCAAGAAACUUUACGAUGUUUUCAGAGACCAGUCUGGGGCAGACCUAGAGAUUAUUGUGGAGGACGCCGACGCUCAGGCCACUCCAGUCGACGCGAGUAUAUCACCCGCGAUGUCCAGCAGAACUGGACUGGAGCUCCCUAGGAUCAUACGCUUCAAGAGCCUGCGCAGAUCUAUCGAGGAGAUGUCACUAGACCUUGAUGCUUUCGCGGAGGGCAUCCAGGAUGACAUGCGCAGCACAGGCCGAGGCUUGCCGGUAGAAAGCGGUCUUUACUCUCGGAAGCCCCGUAAACCGAUCGUGGGUCUUUUCGACGAGCCUGAACCCUCAGGUUCGGACCGAUCGUCACCCGAUCAACCUGACCUCUCUUUCCAUUCCUUUGGUUCUUCCCUGCCGCCCUCCCCUAUUAUCCCUUCGCUACCUGCGGGAUCGCAUACGCCAAGGAUUGCGACUCCCACGACCCCCUUGUCAGAUAGCAAGACAAUGUCUCUGAUGUUCGGACCCGGACAUAUCGAGCCCCCGUGCCGCGUUCUGAGUAGCGAGCUUGGAGCAGAGUUACAACAUGACAACGUAUGGGGUAGCCAAUCGGAAAACCACCAUCUUCGGCGCACCAGUCUGGCGAAUAUUAGCCUGUUUUCGGAACCAUGUUCUCCGCUGGACAUAUCUUCGUCUCUGCCAGGCGCAUUCGAGCAUCACGAUUCACAAGGCAACAUAUCCCUGGGGGAGGAAAUGCAAGCAGGGUUGGUGGAGCCACUGCCUUCCUUCGCAUCAUUGUCCAAGGAGGACACUUCCGCUGUUGGCCUGGCUCCGCCUAUGAGGCCGGACCACUCCCUUCGAAACCGACGGCUUUCGGAGGCAAUGCUGUCGCGCAGUGGUCGCUGGAAGGAAGCCCGUGCCAGCCACUGGGCCACCGGCGGCGCGAGUCCCGUCAAAAGCCCCACGCUAAAGCAUGCAACGAAAGGGUCUAAGCUGGGCCUUGCCAGCAUCUUUGAGGCGGCCGUGGACGCCAUGAACAUGGGCCCCUCGGGUGGGAGUCCCGUUAACGAGUUUACUGAUCUGCAAUACAACGCAGAGGAGGUAGCCGACGAUGCAGAUAAUUCUGCACUGGAGGUAAGACCUGCGCAGGGCACCCUGACCGAGAACAAGGAGAAGAUGGGUCUUGUUCAGGUCGUCUUGGAGCUUUGGCUGUGGUUACAAUUUGUCAUUAUCAUUGUCGUCUUCCUGUGGGCUAUGGCGAAACGAGGACCCAGGAGUGUACUUGCGGAUGCCGAAAAACGCAGGAGGACGACCUCUUUGACUGCACAGAAGUGAUCCUCAGUUAAGCGCUUGCGUAAAGGAUUCUUAGUGGGAUUACACAGGGACAUCUGCGUUGUAUCAUUAAAGUAAACGAUCAGGACUUUGCGUCUAAACGAUUCGAAAAUUGCAACCUUGCAGACAUGCGAACCGUGGGCGCCCUUAGCUGCGGCAAAAACCAUGGUUGAUUACGAGGCACGAACACCAUAAAGUACAGAUUAUAGGCGGAGUUUAGUACUCGACACACCAUCUAAAUGCGGCAAAGGCUGGAUAUGUCAAGCGUGGACCCGGCCUCCUCCUUCUUCCACUCCACUAGUAAGGUAACGAUGGC